AUGGCCAAACGUAUUCGAAUGACCAAGCAAGAAGACGCUGUACCGACGUCUACAGGCCUCACAGAUGGAGCCAAAACGUUGUCAUCUCAGACGAGCUCAACGAUCAAAAACAAGACAGUAACGGCUACAAAUAUUGAGGGAAAACACGUGAUGUUACCGGCAUUUCUGUCCAAAACGUACGAGAUCUUUAGUAUGCCCGAGUUUGCACACGUUUGUGGCUGGAAUGCUACGGGUGAUACUAUAAUCGUAUCGCAACUGGAAGCUUUUGUGUCAAUGGUACUCCCUCGUUUCUUUAAACAUCGUAAUUUCCCGUCAUUCGUGCGUCAGCUCAAUCUCUAUGGCUUUCAUAAGACGGUACUAGACUCAAAACGACUCGAGUUCCAGCACCCGUACUUUAAACGUAGUCAACCUGAUCUACUGCACCAUAUUAAACGCAAGAUUUCGAAUAGUAAUCAUCACAACCAGCAGCUUGUCAGCGCGUCCAUUCAGAAUUCAAAACUUGAUGCACAUCGGGAAAUGUCGGACGCUUUAUUGCGUGAGAUGAAGGAGUUGCGUCAACGUAGCGACGCCAUGGAAAAACGUCUGCGCGAUGUGGAAAUCGACAAUGCGAUUGUGCGGAGCGACAAUUUGAAAUUGUGGAAACAUUUGGAGGCAGCUAAGGACAAGCAGUUGGUCAUGCAUGAGAAAAUGAAAAAGAUUAUGUGGAUUUUGUUCCAGAUUUACCGUGGAAAACAGCAAAAUCUUCCAAAACUAUCUAGCAACGAUGUUACUGGUGCUGUCAUCAGUGAUGAUUACACGAACAGUAGCAUGCUUGGGCCAAAGGAGUUUCGAGACGUAUUGCGUUUUUUGGCAAUGGAUGAGCCCCCGAUGUUGCCCGAAUCAUCAUCCGCCAAUGUUGCGACUGUAACGCCAGGCUCGCGAAAGCGGAAAUUUGUCGAAGGAUUGUCUGAUGUUGGUGAGGUGGUUUUGACAGAAAAGGAUGCAUACGAAUUAGGUAUGCUUGUGAGUCUUUUUUGUGUUGUGAUCGUCGGAGCAGAAGAGCUAACUAUGUAUUUUUUUGGAAAAGAGUCAUCUUUAGCUUUCGGAUCGCCUAGCUCCGCUGGAGUACGCAACCCAUUUACAAUGAAUUUGCUAUCUAGUCCUUCUCCUUCGGCACAUCUUGAAGAAGGGCAGAACAACGUGCUGAGUAUCUUUUCCCCAAUCACAGCGGUAAACAACAGCCCAGUGAACAAAAACAUCGAUUCAGCACCGGGUGGAUUCCUCACAAAUGGAGUAGACACAACUUUGAGCGCUCCCGUACUGACUGAGUCGACACCGACUAAAUCGGUGCCACCUGUGACAGCCACUACGCCGACCGAAUCCAUUCCAGACGUGAGUACGCUGCCUGUGAGCAACGGAAGCGAGUCGCCGAGUGGUAUCGCUACCGCUUCGAGUAGCACGUCAACUCCGGACGUGAGCAGCCAACUGGCAUUUUUGGAUGAAGACCUCCCUUUACUGCCUGACUCUGACUAUAACUUUACGGACGGCGAACAGACAGUAAUGAAGAAGCUCGAAGACUUUGAGACGUCGCUUUUGGACGAGUAUGACGUCAGUUGCCUUGACACACUGCUGCUGCAGCUAAAAAACGGUGGAGGAGACAAACCAUUGGGUGUUUCGGUGGCAGACCCAGAGAAUGUCGUUGUUGGACCAACCAACUCGUCAUCGCACGAUGCGUAA